AUGUUGGAGCGCCCACCACCACAUGCCACUUCGUUAAGUGCCGACCCAACUAUACGGAAGGAAUUGCAGAUGCACCGUGUGAAUACCGUGCUUUCUAACAGAGACUAUCCUGUUGAUUCCAACAUGCCUGCUGUUCCCGAUUUCGUCCAGAAUAAGUAUCAUACAUUAUUAUCAUUACCGGAGGGAGGUAGCAAUACUCGACAAGCUGUAAUCACGGCUUCCGCUCCUGCUGUUGAGGGCCAGACGAAGGUCGGCAGUAGCAGCAGUAGCAGUAGUAGUAAUGUUGGCAAUGGCUCUUACUUUGGAUACCAGUACAAGACCUAUUUCUAUAAGGCUCUCUCUGUCGCGGACUCCUAUGUCUAUUGCCUAUGUCGAGUUGAUGGGUUCAGCCUGAGCAACUUUGACUUGGUCACAGAGGCUGUUAGAACGUGGAGCGCCAUUCACCAUCCAUGUAUAGUACCCUUACGGCAAGCCUUCGGGACGAGGGAUUUUAUUGAAGCUGAGAACCCUAGUCAAGAUGGAGGGUCCUUGGUUUAUGUGUAUGAUUAUAUACCCUCGGUGGCGACACUGCAGUCGGUAUUCAUAGACUCGCCUACGCUUAAACAGAAUGGGAUUGGGGGAAUACCUGAACAUGUUAUAUGGGACGUACUGAGCCAGCUUAUCAUGUGUCUCAAGUACAUUCACAGUCAUGGCCUCUCUGCGAAAGUCAUCCAUCCAACGAAGAUUCUGGUAACCGACACCGCCUUUCUCUACCCACCACGGGUCUACUUGAACUGUGUGGGUCUAUUGGAUGCCUUGGCACAGGAGUCAGCGCCACAACAGCAGCAGCAGCAGCAGAGCUCGAUAGCGCAUCAACAGCAGAAAGAUCUUAUAUGUUUGGGUCGCCUUAUUCUGUCUAUGGCCACUGGGCGUAGUGAUAAUGCACUGAAGAUUCCCGAGGAGAUGGACGCCUCUAAUGGGGUGGGUUUCAUGGCAAACCCGACCUAUUCGGAUGAUUUGAAGUCGUUGGCUCAAAUUCUUCUCACUCAAGUGAAGGAUUUGUCCAACUACCCCACUUCGGAACAACUGGCUUUCAAAUACUGCAAUCACAUUGUCAACAAGUUCGAAACCUCCUUAUUCACUACGGACAUGCUCCUGAACGAAUUCAAACUGGAGGUGGACAACUCGAGAAUGCUCAAACUGCUUAUCAAGCUAUGUAAGGAGUAA